CAGCACUGAAACUAUGAAACUGGCAUUUACUAAAGAAUAACAAGAAGGAAGCCAUUAUCUGCAGUUUGUCAUAAUCCAAAGUAAACAUGUCCCAGAAGCUCCUUUGCUCAGCUGACACUAACAUUUUAGAUUUUGGUCUACACCCUAAUAAAUGUGUGGAGGAAAACAAACCCCCAGAGCUCAUUAGGCCCACUUAUAAAUAUGAUAGUGGCAGCAUUAUGAUGUGGGAAUGUUUUUUUAUUUUUAUGUUUUCAGCAGGAAUAAAAAAUAAAUUAAAAAAAUGGUCAGAUCUAAUAAACAGCAGCCCUUUGAGAAAACCUGCUAGUGGCCAACAAAAUAGAGAAAAAAACAAUACAACCUGGGGUACAGUUUCACCUCCCAGGAAGAAAAUCACUGCACAGAGAGACAGAAAGCUGAGACUUUUUGACAAGACUUAAAAAUUAUAUCCAUUUAUAGGCUCUUCCUCCCUGGACAGAGUCCAGGUGUAGGGGGAAUUACAUAAAGUUUACUAUUCAACAGAGUACCUUAACUUUAAAGAUUGCAUUCCUCUUCUCUUUAUACCGUUUUAUCCCUCCAAUUCUUCACCAUAAAUAUAAUUUGGAUGCGUGUUUUUUUAAUUUCUAAAUUGACUAAAUACAGCGCACUUUUGAAAUGCCUGCUGUGAGUUCUUAAUGAACUUGUUGUUUAAUUAAAACAAGGGUGGAAUUUGAAAAACAAAUGUUUAAAGAAUUAGUAUUAAAAAUUGUUACAUUUUAAAAGGAAAUGUGCGUCGGAAUGGUGUGAAUUAAGAAAUGGCGGGUUUUAUUUUGAAAAGCAGCCCGAAUAACCCGGAUGUCAUUCAUAGCUUUAGCGUGAUAGCUAGCAGCUGAAGUUCGCAUGCUUAAUACUUAUGUGAUGUUAUGUGGUAUAUAUUUAUUGUUUAGGUGUAGAUUUUAAGCUCGUCUUAAAUUUCAGUAAGUUAUUUAGGUAACGUUUAAUUGGAGGUUUUUCGUAAACCUUCCACGGUCAGGUUAUUUACUCAACUUAUUUUUCGAAGGAAGGUCCAGGACUUUUUAUUAUUGUUAUUAUUUUUAGUUUAGUUGUUACUGCGAGGAAGCGGGUUUUAGUGCCUGUUUUUUGUUACCAGAAGCAACAAACAGUAGUAGCUGCUCGGUCGCAACGCAGCCUGAUGCUGCCACAUCUGCUCCCUCUGACUGACUGGUCCCAGUUACCGUGAGCUUCUGCACAACCAGUUCGUAACACCUUGACACCAUGUCCGCUCAGCCUGGACUCAAACCCUCCCUGCGCUUCGGUCAGGUGGUCAUCGGCCCACCAGGUUCGGGUAAAACCACCUACUGCCAGGGGAUGCAAGAGUUCCUGACCAGCCUGGGACGCAAGGUGGUGGUGGUGAACAUGGACCCGGCCAACGAAGGGAUUCCUUAUUCCUGUGCAGUGGACGUCUCGGAGCUGGUCACCCUGGACGAUGUUAUGGAGAACCUGAAACUCGGCCCUAAUGGUGGACUUCUUUACUGCAUGGAGUACGUGGAGGCCAACCUGGACUGGCUGGAGAGCAAGCUGACACAAUACAGUGACUGCUACUUCUUGUUUGACUGUCCUGGGCAGGUGGAGCUUUACACCCACCAGAGUUCAGUGAAGAAUAUAUUCUCACAGCUGGCCAAGUGGAAUUUCAGACUCACAGCAGUGCACCUUGUAGACUCUCACUACUGUGCCGACCCGGCCAAGUUCAUCUCGGUGCUGUGCACGUCUCUCUCCACCAUGCUGCACGUGGAGCUUCCUCACGUCAACAUCCUCUCCAAGAUGGACUUGAUUGAGCAGUAUGGAAAACUAGCAUUCAACCUUGACUUCUACACGGAGGUCAUGGACCUGACCUAUCUUCUCGAUCACUUGGCUGCAGACCCCUUCUUUAAAAAGUUUCGCCAUCUUAACGAAAAGUUAGCGGAAGUUAUCCAAGACUACGGCCUCGUGUCCUUCGUGCCUCUCAAUGUGCAGGACAAGGACAGCAUGAUUCAGGUCUUACGGGCGGUGGACAAGGCCAACGGGUAUUGCUUCGGAGACCUGGAGGAGAGGAAUCUGCAGGCGAUGAUGUCAGCGGCUGUGGGGGCAGACUUCCAGUUCAGCUCAACUCUCGGAGUGCAAGAGCGGUAUGUUGAAACGGGUGAGAAGACCGUGGAGGAGGAAAUGAUGGAACUGUAACACGAAAAGCUCAAAUGAAGUGGACAGAACCGGAGGCAUUUGUAGCACCACUGGACCAGUUUUGGCAGCAUUUGUGUUGGUUUUUGUAAUGUAAAGGUUAUUAUAAUAAUUAAAAAAAAAGAAUAAUGUACAAUUUUGAAACUUGUAAAAAGCUUUGUUUUGAUUUUUUUUUUCUUUUCUUUUUUGUGCGUGCCGGGUGUAGCACCACAUAACACUCACAAACUAGAGCACAAUUUAAAAGUGUGUGGUCUGAUGACACCAAAACAAAACUCUGUGUAUGUAACUGAAAACUUGAAUUUAGGCCUCUGUCUCUUUAAGAAGCUCCUGUUCUUUCGUCGCCAUGACUAAGGGUUUAACAGUGUUUUUACCUUCACACUUAGAAGUAGCUUGUAUGUUAAGCUCAGCAGGUGCGCCGUUCUUCCAGGUGUUUGCUAAUUGCAGCUGGUGCUAGUCUGAAGGAGCUGGAGGAGCUUUGUGGAAAAAGCAGCGUGAGAGCAAAGCGUUUAGGCACCAUGAAUGGUUGCCACGGGAGAUUCGAGGAUUUCUCAAACAUGCAUGACAGAAUCAAAGCACUCCACACUCCAGGUAUGUUUUUGAUGAGUGGAUAACAUUAUAACAUAAUAUAAAACUCAAAAAUGUUGAUUUUGUACAAUAUUGUCCCUUGAAAUAAGUGUGGACUUCAUUUCACAAUAUAUCUGCAGACCUACAUUUUGCUUUUUACCCAAAUAAAAUGAAAUAAAUGCGAGA